AUGGAUGCUCAGCACCAUCUAUUAAGAAAUACAUGGGUUCCUGGAAAUAAUGGAAUUGUGGACAGCCUAGAAAAUGAGGUGAGUUUUGUCACUUCUCGUUAAGGUUAUCAAGACAAGCCUUUUUUUAGUAUCUUACUUGUUCGACAAAAAAACUUAACCUUAAAUUUUCGAUUUCUGCUUAAAUCAGAUCAUUCAAUUGAUGACUGAGUCUUUUUCCAUAUUCAGAUUAUUCCUCAUUACGGGAUUUCCGAGAGAGGAAUGAAAGUUGAACAAUGUACGGAGGAAAACAAUUUUCCAAUAGGGUAU